CUACCAUCAUGGCUGAACAGUCAAGAGGAAAUGUUCACCUUGACAUGUCAACUGAGGAGCUAAUGGAGUGGCUUAGGGAGAGAGGGCUGGGAGAGAAAGACCUGGAAAUUGUGAUCAGUGGAUAAAUUAUAAGAUCAGCAAAUGGAUUCUUGGGCAAGUUGUUUCCGCUCACAACAGAAGACACUUGGAAACGAGAUAUUAUGGGAAUCACCUCUGAAGGACAAGUUUUGCUCACUAAACUUGCGAAGGAGGCCCGCGCUGAGGAGAGGGCUGAAGUCAGAGAAGUACCUUCAAGUCGAGGGAGUAUCAUCCUCUCAGACCACUAACACCUCAGGUCAGCCACCCCCACCGCCUUCCUACGGGCGAAUCAAACUCUCCCCCUCGGACAAGCCGUACUUCAACGCUCUGCAUGACGCUGCGUAUAAGCAAGGAAAGAACAUGUGGUUUAAAAUUGGCAUCAGUCUAAAUAUUAUGUCUGUGUUUGAUUUGGACUCCAUUCGGAAAAACAAUCCAUCGGACGUUGGAGAGUGUUUCAGUGCAAUGUUGCAGAAGUGGUUUCAAAGCAGUCCUGACUGCCACCUCGACACUUUCCUGAAAGCUCUCAGAUCAGAGCCUGUGGAACUUGAAAACCUCUGUCCAAAAGUCGAGGAAGCCAUCUUAAAAAUUGCGUUUCCUGACCAAAAGAACUUAGGCACAGCCUCUGAUGUGGGAGGAGUUGAUCUGCAAGAGUUGAUGGACAAGUACCAUGUCGAUACCGUCCAACUUGAUCAGGUGAUCCCUGGUAAUGAACUUCCAGUCAUAGCUACCUAUUUCGACAGUGUGAAGCUCUACUCUGCAGCAAUGGGUCUGAGUGCCGCUGAACAACAUGAUGUGAGAACUACCUUCCUUCAAUACGAUACUCAGACAGCCAUGGUGAGGUGCUUGAGGUUAUGGAAGCAAUACCGUCCAUCCAUGGCAACAUACAGAGCACUGAUGGAGCUGCUACUGAAGUUAAAUAGAACAGAAGUAGCUGCUCAAGUCUGCCAGUACCUGGCUCAGAAUGUCCCCCCUCAUGAGAGUGUUAAGUCUAACCAACAAUCUGAACCUCAAAUUUCAACUCGCACAGACUUGUUGGGUGAAGACGGCUUAAGUGAUGCUAACCAGAAAGGAGUUGAUUCUUAUGUCAACUUCUGGACUGGGAGGGACGUCCUGUAUGUCUACUUUCUCAAUCCCGAUAUUCUUGAGCAGGAAAAGUGGGAGUGUGAGUAUGGUGUGCUCAACAUCGAUAAUAUCCUCUCUUGGGCUGAGGCUUGGAAUCCAAAAUAA